CUCCAAUACCUCAGGACUCUGAAACACAAUACACUCAUCAUCUCACUGACCUUCAGCACUAACUUCUACGAUAUACGUGCAAAAGCCCGAGCAGAGGAAUUCAGUCGAUUGACCUACGAACUACCACUGGUCGUAUGCCAGCAAUAAUGGCACCAUCACCACACCUCAGCAUAAAGACCAGCAGCACCACUUCCCAAGCAGCAUCCCGUCGUGGAGCGCGCCAAGUGAAGCAACAUGUUGAGCUCUACGAAGAGGAAGUCACCAAUGACCACAACGCUGCUAACGACCUCGACAUGGACAAUGCUGAAGCUGAAGAUCUCACCGGCGACACCCUGACCGAACCCUCUCAAGAAGCGUCCCAACCUAACCCAGUGCAGCAACUUUUGAGGGACAUGCAAGCCGAUCAACACAAGCGCAACGAGCACCGCAAAAGAAUCGUCUACAAAGCGUACAAGGAUGCCCACGCCAGCACGCAGGACGCCAUCACCUCGCACUUCGACGAGCACGAAGCGAGCGCCGCUGGAGCCCACGAGGCGCAGAUGGCCCGCUUGAAGGAGCUGCUUAGAUUGAAGGCCGAGAUCGAGAGGGAGAUGGCGGAGAAGCUGGGCAAGCUGCGCGGGGACUAUCUGUACCACUCCAAGGCGAUGGAACAGGUUAUUGAGCAUCGCAUGAAUCAGCUGAAGUGAGGAGGGCAGGGAGCCCCGGGAGAUGGGGAGUGACGGAAGGAGCACAUUCUAAUGGGGACAUCAUCUACUUUCAUGCCAUAUAGUACCGGCAUGUAAUCACCGAGACUAUUAUCGGUGUCCACGCGAAG